CCCGACAGCCCUAUGGUGUGCCGGUGCCCGUUCGUGCGGAGACGGAGGCGGCGCCGGCGGCCGCCCGGCACGGCGAGCGCUUUUUCGGUCAAGGCCAUGGCUCCUCGGCUGCAGCUGGAGAAGGCGGCCUGGCGCUGGGCGGAGACGGUGCGGCCCGAGGAGGUGUCGCAGGAGCACAUCGAGACCGCCUACCGCAUCUGGCUGGAGCCCUGUAUCCGAGGCGUGUGCAGUCCCAACUGUGAGAGGAGGAAGAAGAAUUCCUUUGUGGGCCUGACUAACCUGGGAGCCACCUGUUAUGUCAACACCUUUCUCCAGGUGUGGUUCCUCAACUUGGAGCUUCGGCAGGCACUAUACUUAUGCCCAAGCACCUGUGCUGACUACAAGAUGGGAGAUGGUGUUCACGGAGGAAAAGAUUAUGAGCCUCAGACAAUUUGUGAGCAUCUACAGUACUUGUUUGCUUUGUUGCAAAACAGUAACAGGCGAUACAUUGAUCCUUCAGGAUUUGUUAAAGCCUUGGGCUUGGAUACUGGGCAACAGCAGGAUGCACAAGAGUUUUCCAAGCUCUUUAUGUCACUGUUGGAAGACACUUUGUCUAAACAGAAGAAUCCAGAUGUUCGGAACAUCGUGCAGCAGCAGUUCUGUGGGGAGUAUGCCUAUGUGACUGUUUGCAACCAGUGUGGCCGAGAGUCUAAGCUUUUAUCGAAGUUCUAUGAACUGGAGUUAAACAUUCAAGGCCACAAGCAGUUAACAGACUGCAUCUCCGAAUUCCUGAAGGAAGAAAAAUUAGAAGGAGACAAUCGAUACUUCUGUGAAAACUGUCAAAGCAAACAGAAUGCUACAAGGAAGAUUCGACUUCUAAGCCUCCCUUGCACUCUGAACUUGCAGCUGAUGCGUUUUGUGUUUGACAGGCAAACUGGACACAAGAAGAAGCUCAACGCCUACAUCGGCUUCUCGGAGAGUCUGGACAUGGAGCCUUAUGUGGAGCACAAAGGUGGGUCCUUCGUGUAUGAGCUCAGCGCAGUCCUCAUCCACAGAGGAGUGAGUGCUUAUUCUGGCCACUACAUUGCCCAUGUGAAAGACCCUCAAUCUGGAGAAUGGUAUAAGUUCAACGAUGAGGACAUAGAGAAGAUGGAGGGGAAGAAAUUACAACUAGGGAUUGAGGAAGAUCUAGCAGAACCUUCUAAAUCUCAGACCCGUAAACCCAAGUGUGGUAAAGGAACUCACUGCUCUCGAAAUGCAUACAUGUUGGUUUAUAGACUACAAACCCAGGAAAAGAACCACACAACGGUUCAAGUCCCAGCCUUUCUUCAAGAGCUGGUAGAUCGGGAUAAUUCCAAGUUUGAGGAAUGGUGUGUUGAAAUGGCUGAGAUGCGCAAGCAGAGCGUGGACAAGGGCCGAGCGAAGCACGAGGAGGUGAAGGAGCUGUACCAAAGGUUGCCUGCUGGAGCUGAGCCCUAUGAGUUUGUCUCUCUUGAAUGGCUGCAGAAGUGGUUGGAUGAAUCAACACCCACCAAACCUAUUGAUAAUCAUGCUUGCCUGUGUUCCCAUGACAAGCUUCAUCCAGAUAAAAUAUCAAUCAUGAAGAGAAUAUCGGAAUAUGCGGCUGACAUCUUCUACAGUCGAUAUGGAGGAGGUCCGAGACUAACUGUGAAAGCCCUGUGUAAAGACUGUGUUGUAGAACGCUGUCGUGUACUGCGCCUGAAGAGCCAACUGAACGAAGAUUACAAAACAGUGAAUAAUUUGCUGAAAGCAACAAUGAAGGGCAAUGACGGAUUUUGGGUGGGAAAGUCUUCCUUGCGAUGCUGGCGCCAGCUGGCUCUUGAACAACUAGAUGAGCAAGAUGGUGAGACUGAGCAACGCAACGGGAAGAUGAACGGGAGUCCCUUCAGCAAAGAUGAAUCAAAGGAAGAAAAAAAAGAAGAGGAGGAGGAAUUAAAUUUUAAUGAAGACAUUCUGUGUCCUCAUGGGGGGUUAAGCAUAUCUGAAAAUGAAAGAAGGCUCGUUUCUCCAGAGGCUUGGAGCAAACUGCGGCAGUACUUCCCGAAGGCCCCUGAGUUCCCAAGUUACAAAGAGGGCUGCUCACAAUGCAAGAUAUUGGAACGGGAAGGUGAAGAAAAUGAAGCCUUGCAUAAAAUGAUUGCAAAUGAGCAGAAGACCUCACUUCCAAAUUUGUUCCAGGACAAAAACAGACCAUGUCUCAGUAACUGGCCAGAGGGUACAGAGGCUCUCUAUAUUGUGUCACACUUCUUUUUAGAUGAAUGGCGGAAAUUUGUUAGAAAGCCUGCAAGGUCUACUCCUGUGUCAUCAAUUGGGAACUCGGCCCUUCUGUGUCCACAUGGAGGACUCAUGUUUACAUUUCCUUCCCUCACCAAAGAAGACUCAAAACUUAUAGCUCUCAUAUGGCCCAGCGAAUGGCAAAUGAUUCAAAAACUCUUUGUUGUGGAUAAAGUAAUUAAGAUCACAAGAAUUGAAGUGGGAGACGUAAACCCUUCUGAAACACAGUAUAUUUCUGAGCCUAAUCUCUGUCCAGACUGUAGAGAAGGCCUGCUGUGCCAGCAGCAGAGGGACCUACGAGAAUAUACCCAAGCCACCAUCUAUGUCCACAAAGUUGUGGACAACAAAAAGGUGAUGAAAGACUCAGCUCCAGAGUUGAAUGUGAGUAGUUCUGAGACAGAAGAGGACAAGGAAGAAGCUAAGCCAGAUGGAGAGAAAGAUCCCGACUUUAAUCAAAGCAAUGGAGGUACCAAGCGGCAAAAGACAUCCCAACAGGGGUAUGUGGCCUACCAGAAGCAGGUCAUCCGGCGGAGCACGCGGCACAGGAAGGUGCGAGGAGAGAAGGCUCUGCUGGUGUCUGCUAACCAGACACUAAAAGAACUGAAGAUUCAGAUCAUGCAUGCAUUUUCAGUCGCUCCCUUUGACCAGAAUUUGUCAAUUGAUGGAAAGAUUUUAAAUGAUGACUGUGCCACUCUUGGUACCCUCGGCGUCAUUCCUGAGUCUGUCAUUUUACUAAAGGCUGAUGAACCAAUUGCAGACUACGCUGCAAUGGAUGAUGUCAUGCAAGUUUGUAUGCCGGAAGAGGGCUUUAAAGGUACCGGUCUGCUUGGACAUUAGUUUUUGACCACUUGCUGACUGCCAAGGAAUGACCAGAAAGGAAGAAGAACUUGACAUGUUAGGGCAUUAAAGAAAAUGUGGAUUUAAGAAUUAAACUUAUUACCUGGCUCUUCCAAAAGGCAAAUCUCCAUUCAAAACAGACUGUCCCAAUUGCCUUAUGUCAAAUAAAGCAGAUUGCACUGAUGGACAUCAGACUUGAAGGAAAUGUUUCAGAUUUUCUAUUUAAGUGGUGGUGGGAGGGAGGGGGUGAGUAAGGACUGAGCAAGCAGAGUAGCAGUAAGAGUAAAUCAUGUUUACACACGAGAUUUAGAGUCCCAGGAGGGAAUCAAGUCCUGGCUUCAUACAGAUGCCCUGGUCAGGAGCGGAUUUGUGUUGCAGUACAUGGACCAGCAUCCUGCUCUGAACUCCAGAUGACUGUCUAGAGACACAACCUGCUAAACAAUACCUGUGUUUAAACCAUACUCAUCUUUGAAUAAAGCAUGAAAGUGAAGGACUUGUCAACAUGGAACAUAUCUUCAGAGCUCUACUUCUGCAGGUCAGCCACAGCCCUGCCACCUGCUCGCUGUGUCAGCGCUGGGUAGAGGGCAUCUGUAUUUUUUUUUGUCAAGCCAGGGACUGUCUCAGUUUUCCUCCAUCAUUUCAGAGAUGGUAGGAAAUGUUCAGUGUGUAGUGGCAACAAAGCAAGUAUUCCCUGAACAUUUGAAAAACACGACGGAAGAAUACAAGCUGGACAGAAGCUCAGUAGGACAACACGGGGUUUUCAUAGACUCGGUCAUCCCAUUCUUCAGCUCCGCUUUCCUCGGGACCUCACUUCUCUUUCUGAAAACCAUUCUUAGGACAUGCCCCUAGGGGGUUUGAAAAGAGUGUACAGGGUGUGCUGUCUCAUCCAGCUCAGGACUAAAUAGUCUAAGCAGCAUCUGUGUCUGCAGAAACAAAGGUUUUACCAGAGCGUGGGGUUGGGUUGCGUUGAUUGGCUUUUAGUGUUUUCCCUAUUGAGUGGAUAUGUUUGUGGCUCAGAUGGUAACAUAAUCCUUUUGUUAAUUUUUUUUUUUUCUUUUUAAACCUCUAGUUUGUCCAAAAUCUUUAACUGGUGUAUAAGAGCUGAUUUCAACAUUAGCAUAUUUUGAUAGCUUUCUGCCAGUGCUUAUGGCUGCUGAGUAAAACUCCCAAUGUGGUGUUUGUAUUUGCAAUAAAGAGUGUUGUGGAGGUGGAGAAAAGUCUGGGGCAGAGCCAGAGAGCUGCACACCUUCCCGGACAGAGCUCCUGCCUUCGGACACAGGGACUCAAGUGACCCUGGUUUCCAGAUCCCUCCUUUACUGAGCACCACAGAGAUGGGACCAAACCUCACCUGAAAGAGCUUACCCUUUCCCAAGGCCAAGAUGAGUAAAAUGUCACCAAGUAUGUGACAAAUGACCUUUACCGUCCAUACAAAAAAGCCUGGAGUUUGUGGCCGUGUGACAGAGCCUCAGCACCCCAAAAAGGUCGUGGGGAUAAGUGACAAGCUGUGGUUCCCUCCUUUCCCUGGGAUUUGGUGUGCACAAGCCAGUAGUUGUGACACUUGUAAGGUGUGCUGCAUAGGCAUCCUUCCUUUCCUUCACAUGAUGGUAACAAAGAAAUAGCCCUUAACCCUAGGCAGACAGGUGCAGGUGGGCACACCCAGCCUCGUCGUGCUGGAACGUGCUUCGUCUGCCCCAGCAACCUGUGUGGCUCCUCCAGGCCCUUAAUUGGAGCUGUAGCUCAGGCCCCCACCACUGAACAAGACCACUCCUGAGAAGCCUGGGAUCCCUGGGCUGCAGUUUCUUCACAGCUUGAAGCAGACAAAUCUCAGAGAAUGUGCACUUGUAUUUAACAGCCGCCAUGUUCCUGCGUACUAAUACAUGCCUUUUGGUUAUCUUCUGAGCUGGGAUGACCUUAAAGCGCAGGCUAGCUGUUCUACUGGGUUCUAAAGCUGCACUCAGAAACCACUUAAAGCCAGAUCAUGACACUCCAGGCUUCCCCGUAGUAGGCUUCCUUUUUCUUUCCCAGACAGGGUCUGCUGUAACCCAGGCUGGCCUUGGAGUCACUGUAUAACCAGGACAACCUUAACUUCUGAUCUUCCUGCUGCUUCCUCCCAGGUGCUGGGAUUGCAGGCAUGUGGCCACUGUGACAGGUUUCAUGUGGUGUGCUAAAGCCCAAGCUCAGGGCUUCGUGCACGCUAGAUAAGCAUACUGACCUACACCCCCAGCUCUCCUCUGUACAUUUCUGAUCAUUCUUUAAUCCCAAGCAAAUGUGUAGUCUUCUAUGCUUAAAUGGUUCUUUUGCCAUUAUCAGACAUGUAGGCUAUCAUUUGAAGUCUUACUCCCUGAGAAAACCACCUUUUCUGUAUUUAUGAACUUUACUGUUGAAAAUCACUGUUAACCUUUCUGCCAAAUUAAAGACACUUGUGUCUCUGUUUCCACCGA